AUGGGCCUUUGGGGUUUAGUUUGUUUUUUAAUCUUUUUGGGAAAAAGUUGGGGACAGGAACAAACGUAUGUCAUUUCAGCACCAAAAGUAUUUCAUGUUGGAGCAUCUGAAAAUGUUGUAAUUCAAGUUUAUGGAUACACAGAAGCAUUUGAUGCAACAAUCUCUAUUAAAAGUUACCCAGAUAAGAAAUUUCAAUAUGCUUCGGGCUAUGUUUAUUUAUCUCCAGAAAACAAAUUUCAAAACUCUGCAGUUUUAACAAUACAACCCAAACAAUUGCCUGAAGGCCAAAGUACAGUUCCAUAUGUGUAUUUGGAUGUUAUAUCAAAGCAUUUUUCACGUGCAAAAAAAGUACCAAUAACCUAUGACAAUGGAUUUCUCUUCAUUCAUACAGACAAACCUGUUUACACUCCAGACCAGUCAGUAAAGGUUAGAGUUUAUUCAUUGAAUGAAGACUUGAAGCCAGCCAAAAGACAAACUGUCUUAACUUUCAUAGAUCCUGAAGGAAAAGAAGUUGAUCUGGUAGAAGAAAAUGAUUAUACUGGAAUUAUCUCUUUUCCUGACUUCAAGAUUCCAUCUAAUCCUAAAUAUGGUGUAUGGACAAUUCAAGCAAAAUAUAAAGAAGACUUUUCAACAACUACAACCGCAUAUUUUGAAAUUAAAGAAUAUGUGUUGCCACAUUUCUCUGUCUCAGUAGAACCAGAAAAUAAUUUCAUCAGCUAUAAGAACUUUAAUAGUUUUGAAAUUACUAUAAAAGCCAGGUAUUUUUAUAAUAAAGUAGUCACUGAGGCUGAAGUUUAUAUCAUGUUUGGAAUAAGAGACGACCUAAAAGAUAAUAGAAAGGCAAUGAUGUCAAAAGCAAUGCAAAGCACAAUGUUGGUAGAUGGAAUUGCUCGAAUCACACUGAACAGUGAAACAGCAGUUAAAGAGCUAUCAUACAACAGUCUAGAAGAUUUAAAUGAAAAGUUCCUUUAUAUUGCUGUAACAGUCGUAGAAUCUACAGGUGGAUUUUCUGAAGAGGCAGAAAUACCUGGCAUCAAAUAUAUUCUCUCUCCCUACAAACUGAAUUUGGUUGCUACUCCUCUUUUCUUGAAGCCUGGGAUUCCAUAUUCUAUCAAGGUGCAGGUUAAGGAUUCACUCGACCAGUUGGUUGGAGGGGUCCCCGUAAUCCUGAAUCCAAAAACAGUGGAUGAAAACCAAGAGACUUCUGACCUGGAGUCAAAGAAAACUGUAACACAUGUCAAUGAUGGAGUAGCUUCAUUUGUGAUUAACCUCCCAUCUAAUGUGACAGUGCUGAAGUUUGACGUCAAAACCGAUGACCCAGUUCUUCCAGAAGAAAAUCAAGCCAGCAAAGAGUACCAAGCAAUAGUGUACUCAUCUCUCAGCCAAAGUUACCUUUAUAUUGACUGGACUGAAAACUAUAAAGCUUUGCUUGUAGGACAACAUCUGAAUGUUAUUGUUACCCCCAAGAGUCCCUACAUUGACAAAAUAGCUCACUAUAAUUAUUUGAUUUUAUCCAAGGGCAAAAUUGUACACUUUGGUACAAGGGAGAAACUUCCAGAUACAUCUUAUCAAAGUGUAAACAUUCCAGUGACAAAGAACAUGGUUCCUUCAGCUCGGCUCCUGGUCUAUUACAUCGUCACAGGAGAGCAGACGGCAGAACUGGUGUCUGAUUCGGUCUGGUUAAACGUUGAAGAAAAGUGUGGCAAUCAGAUCCAAGUUCAUCUAUCUCCAAAUACAAAUCAGUAUUCUCCAGGCCAACCCAUAUCUCUUAAUAUGGCAGCUGAGUCAGAUUCAUGGGUGGCUUUAACAGCAGUGGACAGUGCUAUAUAUGGAGUACGAAGAACAACCAAAAAGCCCAUGGAAAAAGUAUUUCAAGCUUUAGAGAAGAGUGACUUGGGCUGUGGGGCAGGUGGUGGCCGCAACAGUGCUGACGUAUUCUAUCUGGCAGGACUCACCUUCCUCACCAACGCAAAUACAGAUGACUCCCAAAUAAAUGAUGAACCUUGUAAAGAAAUUCUCAGGCCAAGAAGAAUGCUGAAACAGAUAAUAGAGGAAGAAGCUGCUAAAUACAAAUAUGCAAAGGUGAAGAAAUGUUGUUAUGAUGGAGCCUUUCGGAACGAUGAUGAAACUUGUGAGCAGCGAGCUGAACGGAUUACUAUAGGUCCAAGAUGCGUUGCAGCUUUCAAGGAAUGUUGUAACAUCGCAAAGAAGUUCCGUGAUGAAAACCCUAUUAAACCUAUCCAAUUGGGAAGGCUACAUAUAAAGAGCCUGUUACCAGUAAGCAAGCCAGAAAUUCGAAGCUAUUUUCCAGAAAGCUGGUUAUGGGAAGUUCAUCAUGUACCCAAAAGAUAUCAGUUGGAGUUUAAGCUACCUGAUUCUCUAACCACCUGGGAAAUUCAAGGCGUUGGUAUUUCAAAUAGUGGUAUAUGUGUUGCUGAUACUCUCCAGGCAAAGGUGUUCAAAGAUGUCUUCCUGGAAAUGAAUAUACCAUAUUCCGUUGUACGAGGGGAACAGAUUCAAUUGAAAGGGACUGUUUACAAUUAUAGGACUUCUGGAAUACAUUUCUGUGUUAAAAUGUCUACUGUUGAGGGAAUCUGUACAUCGGGAAGUGCAACCAUUGGUGAUCAGAGGACAAAGCACCCUAGAUGUGUGUUUCAGAAGGUGGAGGGCUCCUCCAGUCACUUUGUGACCUUCAGCGUGCUUCCUCUGGAAAUAGGCCUCCACAACAUCAACUUUACCCUGGAGACAUCACUGGGAAAAGAAAUCUUAGUAAAAACAUUACGUGUGGUGCCAGAAGGUGUCAAAAGGGAAAGUCAUGCUGGCAUUACUCUGGACCCAAAGGGUAUUUAUGGUGUUGUUAGCAGACGAAAAGAAUUCCCAUUCAGGAUGCCCUUAGAUUUGGUUCCCAAGACAAAAGUCAAAAGGAUUGUGAGUGUAAAAGGACUACUUGUAGGUGAGGUCAUGUCUGCAGUUCUGAGUCAGGAAGGCAUCGACAUCCUAACCCACCUCCCUAAGGGGAGUGCAGAGGCUGAGUUGAUGAGCAUUGUCCCAGUAUUCUAUGUCUUUCAUUACCUGGAAACAGGAAAUUAUUGGUUAACGGCUUUUGCUUUAAGAGUACUUGGGCAAGUAAAUAAAUAUGUAGAGCAAAACCAAAACUCAAUUUGUAAUUCUUUAUUGUGGUUGAUUGAGAAUUGUCAAUCAGGAACUGGAUCUUUCAAAGAAAAUUCCCAGUAUCGACCAGUAAAAUUACAGGGUACCUUGCCUACUGAAGCCCAGCAGAACACCUUGUAUCUUACAGCUUUCACUGUUAUUGGAAUUAGGAAGGCUUUUGAUAUAUGCCCCCUGAUGGCAAUCAACACAGCUCUUGCUAAAGCUGACACCUUUUUGCUUGAAAAUACCCUCCCAGCCCAGAGCACCUUUACCCUGGCCAUUGCUGCAUAUGCUCUUUCCCUGGGAGACACAGCACACAGACAGUUUCGCUCAAUUGCUGAAGCCCUGAAGAAGGAAGCGUUGGUGAAAGGCAACCCACCCAUUUAUCGUUUUUGGAGAGAUGAUCUUAAGAGCAAAGGCAGCUCUGUACCUAAUGCUGGUACAGCACACAUGGUAGAGACCACUGCCUAUGCUUUACUCACCAGCCUGGCCUUGAAAGAGAUGAAUUAUAUUAACCCCAUCAUCAAAUGGUUGUCUGAAGAGCAGAGGUAUGGAGGUGGCUUUUACUCUACCCAGGAUACAAUUAAUGCCAUCGAGGGCCUGACGGAAUACUCACUCUUGGUGAAGCAACUACGCUUGGAUAUGGAUAUCAAUGUUUCUUACAAGAAAAGAGGUGACUUCUACCGUUAUAGGCUGACAGAGAAAAAUUUCCUUGGGAAGCCAGUAGAGGUGCCUCUUAAUGAUGACCUCGUUGUCAGUACUGGAUAUAACAGUGGCUUGGCUACGGUACAUGUAACAACUGUAGUUCACAAAACCAGUACCUCUGAGGAAGUCUGUAGCUUUCAUUUGAAAAUUGAAACCCAGGACAUUGACGCACCCAGCUACAGAGUCUACAGCCAAUCCGGGUACAAGCGCAUAGUGGCAUGCGCCAGCUAUAAAUCUAGUGAGGACGAAUCCUCCUCUGGAUCCUCCCAUGCAGUGAUAGAUAUCUCGCUGCCUACUGGAAUCAACGCAAACACAGAAGAUUUAAAAGCUCUUGUGGAAGGGGUGGACCAACUAUUAGCUGAUUACCAAAUCAAAGAUGGACAUGUUAUUCUGCAGGUGAAUUCGAUUCCCACCAAUGAGUUCCUUUGUGUCCGUUUCCGGAUAUUUGAAAUUUUUCAAGUUGGAUUUAUGAGUCCCGCUACUUUCACAGUGUAUGAAUACCACAAACCAGAUAAACAGUGCACCAUGUUUUAUAGCCCUUCCUACACCAAACUGCAGAAAGUCUGUGAAGGAACAACAUGCCAAUGUGUAGAAGCGGACUGUGGGCAAAUGCAGAAAGAAUUAGAUCUGACAAUCUCUGCAGAGACUAGAAAAGAAACAGCAUGUGAUCCAGAGAUUGCAUAUGCUUACCAAGUUAGCAUCACAUCCAUCACUGAAGAAAGUGUUUUUGUCAAGUACACUGCAACUCUACUGGAUAUCUACAAAGCUGGGGAAGCCGCUGCUGCAAGAGACUCUGAAAUCACCUUCAUUAAAAAGAUAACCUGCAAUAACGCUGACCUAAAGAAAGGAAGUCGGUAUUUAAUUAUGGGGAAAGAAGCCCUCCAGAUAAAGCACAAUUUCAGUUUCAAGUAUAUCUACCCUUUAGAUUCCUUGACCUGGAUUGAAUACUGGCCUACAAAUGUGACAUGUCCAUCGUGUGAAGCAUUUUCAGCUAAUUUACAAGAGUUUGCUGACGACAUCUUUUUAAAUGGCUGUGAAAAUGCCUGA